GUUGCGAUUGUAAUUUCCGCGGGUUUCUUGAACCGAAGAAAUGAGGAACUAGUGAAAUAAUGUGAGUUAUAAUCAACAACAACAACAACAACGACAACACAACUCUCAAAUGAUAGUUUAAUGAGUUGUAUCAAUGUGCGCUAAUAUGUCUAAAGACGAGACGAGGUUCACUGUCAACUUAAACUGCUUGGUUUGUUAACAAUAGUGUUAACUUUAUCAGACGACCUGGUGUAGACAAGGUGUACCAAAUGGAAGGUAACGUCACUCCUAAAGCAGACAGGACGGUGUCGCUCACACCUUUACAUUCAACUAAAUCAACCCCAACUGAAGUCACAAGUGAAAAGCCCCGUCAAAAUCUCAGUGCAUCACUGAAGGCUAGACUGAGUAGAUCGAGGCGCUCAUUCACCACACCCUCCUCUGUGGCCAAACGGCUUUGUGUUGACGUUGACGAUGAGGAUGAGGAGAAUGAUGGACUGCAAGUCGUGGCAGAUCCCAGUGUGAUCGUAACCAAAACACCGGGACACCGGUAUGUUGCUGAAAAGAAGAUUCAAGUUCAGUCACGGACCUCGGGUGGUCUUUCUGAAGCCGAGUUGGCGCCACCCUUGCCAGCAGGCCGGCAGACCCAGAAAGAGCGGCUCAGGAGAGAGCUGAGGGUGAAGAUGGACGACCUGCGCAGACUGAACAUGGUGAAGAACGACUUGGCCCAUCUCCAGGCGUUGAUCGAUAAGUGGCGUGGAUGUUCCCAGGCUGCACUGUACCAGCUCCAGACAGACCUGCCUCUAGACGGACGUAAAGCCAGCCUGGCUCAGCUCAUAGACCUCUUUGGUCUGGAGGACAAGAUACUGCACUUUGACCGCUUAGAAGACGAAUUUACAGAUUAAACAUGCUUAUAUAUAUUUAUUAUUAAAAUCCAAACCAUUACAACAUGACAGUUUCAGGAACCGGUUGCUUUAACUGUUUCGUUUUGUCUGUAUUAAUAAAUUAUUUUUCCCAAUUCUA